AUGAAGGAAAUCAUUGCAUUGCUAUGCGUCACGGUGUGCUGUGUCAAUGGAGGUGCAUUGGUUUGGCCAGGUGCCGUUCCGCUUGCAGCAUCUGUCAGAACCAUUAUACCACCCCAAGUCAAGGGAUUCGCUUACUCAACCAGCCAGUAUAUAAAUUCUGUGCCGCAAUACACAGUAGGAUAUCAAGGCUAUCAACCGCAGUAUAAUUACCAAUUUCCCCAAGUAGUUUACCCUACGUAUCCUGGAAUAAGCUUGCAACCAGUCUUAUCACCAGCAUAUUACCCCGGGGCGACUCCAAUUUAUCCCGCGGGUCCUAUUGGCAUACCAAUUGCGCCUCCACCCUUCCAGAAUCAGCCAUCGCGACCUUUGCCAGUUGCUCCAUCUCAAGAGCCUGCUGGUGAUGAAGACACUGCUGUGGUUGAUUCCGCUGACUUCGCGUCUGGACAGAGAGAUCAACCUCAGCAUGGAUCUGCUACGCAGGGAACUGCCCCCCAAGGAAACCCAACUAACACCGGCUCUUACGAUUCCAAGAAUAUGCCAGGAUUCCCACAAAUCCAACAAUAUCCUGAUUCCCCUCAAAUUCCCCAAACACCAGAGAUACCCCAGAUUCCGCAAAUCCCAGAUAUUCCCCAAGUGCCACAACGUCCCGAAGUACCACAGAUUCCGCAAAUCCCUCAAAUCCCACAAAUUCCACAGUACCCAUCCGGAGGCGGCUUUCCUCAAUUCCCACAAUACCCUCAGCCACCACAAUUUCAACCAAACCCAUCAUACCCAUCUGGUUCAGCGCCCCAAACCGGUUUCAUACCAUCGCAAAGUGGAAGCCAAAGUCUCAGCGAUGAAGACACCGUAGCUGUAGAAUCCGCCUGA